AUGAGCUCGACAGUCCGCAAAAGCGAAACCGACCACAAAAGUGAAACUGACCGCCACGAUGAAACCAAGAAGCCGCAUGUAGAGAAUCCUACAGAUUGGACACCAGAAACGAAGGCAAUGCUUGCAAAAAAGGAGAAACCCCCCACCCUUACUGAAGAGGAUGAGCGACAACUUAAGAAACUCGAUCACAAGCUUGAGCAUCUGAAGUGCAGUUUCGCUGGACCGACGGGACGUCCAGGACGGAACUUUUUCAUAAAGGAUAUUAAAUAUAGUGAAGUUGGUCCGGAGAUCACGAUUACAUCAAAAUGUAAAUGUGGAGCACUUUCAGGAAGUCGGGUAGGCCUUGGCAACCUACAUGGUGAACCCUACAAACCUGCAACACUUGCUCAACUGGCAGAACGCACCAUAGAGGGCAUCGAUGCAGAGCAUGUUUGUGAAUAUCUAAGCUAA